AUCAAUAAUAGUAAAAUGUUAUACAUCCUUCUAAUUGUUGUUAUAUUGUAUUUCUAUUACAUGAGAAAAUUUCAAUAUUUCUCUCAAAGAAACAUCAAACAUGAAUCGCCUGUACCAAUUUUUGGGAAUCACACAAAAGUCUUUUUUGCUAGAAGAACUAACAUUGAGACUGCGUGCUAUUUGUAUAAAAAAUAUUCUGACGAAAAAUAUGUGGGAUAUUACAGAGGGACGAAUCCAGAAAUCAUCGUUCGUGAUCCCGAUUUAGUGAAAUAUAUUUUAAACGAAAACUUCUUAGUGUUUCCUAAUCGAGGAGUUAAACGUGAUGCAAAAAUUGAGCCUCUAAUGUUAAAUAUGCUCUCAGAAGAAGGUGAUGCAUGGAAGUUACUAAGAACUAACCUUUCGUCGGCAUUUUCAAGCAGUAGAAUAAAAAGUAUGUUUCCUAUUGUAGUAGACUAUGCAGAAAAAUUUGUGAAAAUAGCUCACAACUUAGCAGUAGAAGAAAAAGAAUUUGAUGCACAUAUUUUUACUGCACGCUUCACAAUAGAUUUGAUUGGUGCUUGUGGAUUUGGCAUUGACAUGAAUGCAAUUAAUAAUGAGCAGUCUCUUUUUAUUAAACUACGUGACUAUAUGUUUAUAAAAUCUAAAUUGCAAAUGAUUCUUUUUGGAGUUUAUGACCUUUUUCCUCAAUCACUUAUUAAUAAGGUUUCAUUACUAAAACCGCAAGUUCGUGAAAUAAUCAUGGAAAUUCUAGAUAGCGUUCGAAGUCACCGACAAAAUGAUGACACUCAGCGAAACGAUUUUAUCAAUAUUUUACUCGAAUUGGGUAAGGCGGGCAAAUUAACUGGCGAUUCUUUAGAAACUGAUGAUACUGGCAAAUAUAAACAGGCAGAAAUUGAAUUUGAUAAUAACCGAAUAGCUGCCCAACUAUUUAUAUAUUUUAUAGCUGGUUUUGAAACUUCUUCAACAACUAUGAGUUAUGCCAUGCAUCAACUCGCACACCAUCAUGAUAUACAACAGGAAGUUCAAAAAGAAAUUGAUACAACACUGGCUAAGCACGAUGGUAGACUUUGCUAUGAAUCAGUAUCGGAAAUGCUUUUCCUGGAAAUGGUUGUAAAAGAAUCACUAAGAUUAUUUCCACCAGCUGGUUUGACGACAAGGGCUUCGCCCAAAGAUUGUAGCCUACCAGGAGUAAAUGGAACGAUAAAAACAGGAACAAGAAUAACCAUUCCAAUACAUGCACUUCACAUGGAUGAAAUGUACUUUGAUAACCCAGAGGAGUUUGAUCCGAAGCGUUUUUCUAAUGAAUCUUCGCAACCAAGACACAAAUACGCGUAUAUUCCGUUUGGAGAGGGACCAAGAAAAUGUAUAGGGGCUCGUUUUGGAACAUUAAAUACAAUGGUAGGACUGGCAGCAAUUCUUCAUAAAUACAACAUAAAACCUUCACAGUCAACUCGGAAAAAUAUUCGCCCAAAUCGAGCAGCGUAUCUUAUUCAGUUCAUAGACGGAGGUCUACCCUUAAAACUUACCAUGAGAGAAUAGUUCUGGAAACAUAAACGGUUUCCAUUAUAUUAAGUACCAACAUGUCCAUCAAAUUGUAGUAAUUUUUAUGUUCAAAUUACAUUCAAAUAUUGAACAUGUGUGUCGUGAAACAUCACAGCAUCAUUGUAAUGAUUUUCUAUUUGGACCACAAUGUUAGGACAAACACAUCAUACAGAAAACCAAUGUACGUAACCCAAAAAUAUGAAAAGCAGCCCUGCCCUACAAUAAAAAAAAUACAAAAAAUCCAACACGCCCAGCGAAAUCAAGCACAAAAAACAGAAAAUAUACAACGAACAAUAAAAAAAACUAUAAAAUAUUACAUCUCGAUUUUAAGACCAUCAAGAAAGUAUUUCUUAUCUAGAUCAAACAUAGUUUAUGACUAAAACUAAUAUCAAUCGUUUUAACAUUAUCUGUUAAAAAUAUAACAUUAAAUAAGUUAAAAUAACUUCGCAGUCGCAUAAAUAAGUAGAAAACUCUGAUACUGGUAAUGGACUCUAAGAUAACUUCAAGACGUUCAGGUGUCGAAAAGUAAAAUUUAUCUUUCGUGUCAAUUUGAGCGAAGUUGGAAAUAAACUGCACUUGAAAUAGAUAGCAAUACUUUCAAGACAAUUCGAACCUUUUUACCAACUUGCCAUUCCAGACUUAAUCAGAUAUCAGUAGCAAGUCCAUACUUAAAUCAUCCAUUUAUACAAAUCAGUAGUUUAUACGUAAGUUGUAAUUAUAUUAUAGUGGAGUUAUUCGUUAUUUCCUUCUUGCUGCAAACCCAACUACCGCUGGAUCUAUGGACGUCCUGUGCACCUGCAAGUCAACUGUACCACUCUACAGAUGACUUGAUGACUUGUGUUUGGAGAUAUAGUUUGGAUUGCAGAGCCAGGGUAUGAGUGUAACAAAAUUUUAAUUAUGUUUAAUUUUACCAAAACAUCAAAUACAGUGAUGUUUUUCAAACUCUAAAGCAAUGAAGAAUAUGGUUUAUCUCUCCUAGAAUGAAUUUUUAAAAUAUUUGGUGAAGGCUUUCAACUCAACCCUUCACAAGUUGUGCGAUUUACAUAAGGCGCGUAAUGUCGGUAACUUUGCUUUUCCCUCUCAACGUGCUCUGACUGAAUCUCGACGGAUGUCAUGAAGUUUUAAAUCAGUACUUUGAAAAUGAAUUACACUCUACAAACAUGUAAUAUAUAAGUUUAAUGUAUGUAAUUUUUUCAAGGGGAUGGUAAUUAAAUUUUUAAAGGCAAAGUGUCUUUAUAGCGUCGGUGAGUAUUUGGACCAUAGAUUUGACACCGAUUGUAAAUAACUUAACUUGGCAUUAUUGUAUGUUCUUAUUAUAAGACAUUGUAAAAAUUGAUAUGACAUUUGCACGCCUAUUUAU